AUGGAGGAAGCCCUGAUAGGCAGGUUAGAGGCCGCGGUGUCCCGGCUGGAGGCACUCAACGCCGGGGCUCACCCAUCAGUCGCGCCGCGCGGCCUGGUCGACACUGCGACCGCGCAGGACCCGGCGAUCUUGGCAUUCGACGAUCUGGUCACCGGCGCCCUCGGGAGGGUUUCCGCGGCCGCCGGCAAGAUCGGGGCGGAGGUCGCCGAGGUGACGGAAUUGGUGGAGAAGGCGUUCUUGGUUGCGAAGGACCUUCUUGUCAAGACCAAGCUAACUCAGAAACCAACAAUGGAGUCUAUGUUAUCGUUCAUGGGGCCUCUGAACGAAACGAUCUUGGAGGCCAAUGCAUUGGCGGAGGGGACGAGAUCGAACCAUGCCAACCAUCUGAAGGCAGCAGCCGGUAGCCUGGCUGCUUUGGCCUGGAUUGGUUACACCGGCAAAGGUUGCGGUAUGCCUCUUCCAAUUGCUCAUAUUGAAGAGAGUUGUCAAAUGGCAGAGUUCUACAGCAAUAAGAUGCUUGUGGAAUACAAAAAUAAGGAUCUUGAUCAUGUGGAGUGGGCUAAAGCCCUGAAAGAGCUGUACGUGCCCAAUUUGCGUGACUACGUAAAGAACUUUUACCCAUUGGGCCCCGUGUGGCAACCACCAAGAAGUGCAACUAACAAAGCACCUUCAGCUCCAUCCCCUCCUUCUGCAUCGCUUUCCAUCUCAUCAGCCUCAUCGUCGCAACCAAAAUCAGGAAUGUCAGCUGUCUUUGCUGAAAUCAGCUCGGGAAAAUCAACGACACAAGGACUUAGGAAGGUGACUGAUGGCAUGAAGAGCAAGAAUAGAACAGACAGAAGUGGUGUUGUAACCGCUGAAGGAAAAGAAACUCGUAGUGCACCUUCCUUUAGCUCAACCAAAGGUCCUGCUAAAUUGGAGCUCCAAAUGGGUCGCAAAUGGGUGGUUGAGCACCAUAUUGGGAACAGGAGCUUAAUUAUUGAAGAUUGUGAUACCAAACAGUCAGUUUAUGUAUAUGGAUGCAAGGAUUGUGUGCUGCAAGUCAAAGGGAAAGUGAACAACAUAACGAUUGAUAAGUGCACCAAAGUGGGAGUAUUAUUCAAGGGUGUUGUAGCGGCUUGUGAAAUUGUGAACUGCAACAGUGUAGAGGUCCAAUGUGAGGGCUCAGUACCAACUAUAUCAAUCGAUAACACCUCUGGCUGUCAACUUUACCUAAGCAAGGAAUCUUUAGAGACAUCUGUAACAACCGCUAAAUCAAGUGAAAUUAAUGCUCUUGUUCCAGAUGCAAACAGUGACGGUGAUUGGGUCGAGCAUUCCUUGCCCCAGCAGUUUAUUCACGCUUUCAGAGAUGGACAAUUUACAACAUCACCAGUAUCUCACUCUGGCGCCUGA